AUGCAUGGGUAUGCAAAGAUGAUGAAGGACUUGAUGUCCCGCAAGUUCGACUUUCAACACUUGGACACGGUUACACUGACUCAAACCUGCAGUGUUGUUGUGAUGAGACCCAUAGCCGAAAGGCUAUCUGAUCCAGGGAGUUUCACAAUCCCUUGCACAAUAGGCAACUUUGCUUUUUCUAAGGAGCUAUGUGAUCUAGGAGCAAGAAUCAACCUUAUGCCCCUAGCUAUCUACAAAAGGCUAGGCAUUGAAAGAGCUAGACCCACGUCUAUGCUGCUACAGUUGGCUGACCGAAUAGUGAAGAUGACCUCUGGGAUUCAAGAUGAUGUAUUGGUGCAGGUUGGGAAGUUUGUGUUCCCAGCAGAUUUUGUCAUCCUUGACUGUCGGGUUGACGAGGAAAUUCCCAUAAUUUUGGGAAGACCAUUCUUGUCCACUGAGAGAGCUUUAAUUGAUUUUUAA